UCGAAUGACGGGUUAAUCCAUAGUCUUGUAUCGAUGGCAUUUAAUUACAAAUUUAUAAGCCAUGCCGCAAGGAAAUUAUUUAGCACAUCUUCUAUAUUCAGGAUUUAUGUUAAUAAAUCACACAAUUUACAUGUUAGCUCUAAAUUGAAUUGUUCUGGUCGGCCCUAUGAAAAAAUCUUUAAAAAAAUAGACGAUUCAAUGUCUACUAAGAGGAUGAUACCUGGAGUUGUUAUAGUUCUUGGAAUAUUUGGAAUACUUUAUGGAUACAAUACAUUGGUAUUUUAUUGGAUGCAUCAUCCAACUCUUACUGUUGAGGAAGUUGAUUCAAAUGGAAAGAAAAUUAUCAAAAAAAUUAAAGGUCAAAUAUUUCAAGAAAUGCCUCCACGAGAAAUUUUAGCUAUGAAUCCCUCUCAAAAAUUAUAUUCUUUAGAUACCUUAGAUAAAAUUACUGGCAGUCAUGUCACUAAAGAAUCAGAAAAUAUAGAUUUAAAAGAAGAAAAUCCAAAACUUAAUCAUCAAAAAGAUAAUAUGAAUAUUAAAAAUAUACCAGAAUUUGCUCAAUAUUUAUUGAUAGGAGGUGGAACAGCUUCGUUUUCUGCUGCUAGAACUAUAAGAAUUAACUCUCCAAAAUCAAAAAUUUUGAUUGUUAGCGAAGAGGACGAGUAUCCUUAUAUAAGACCGCCACUAUCAAAGGAUCUAUGGUACGAGAUAGAAGAUAAAUUAGUUGACGAAUUACGCUAUAAAUCAUGGGACGGUAAACAAAAAAGUGUCUACUUUGAAGAUGAAUCAUUUUAUUACGGGUUAGAGGAGUGGGGAAAAGAAGAAAAUCGUGGCGGAAUCUUCGUGCUCAAGAAUUCGAAAGUAACAAAAUUAAACCCAGCAAACUCCGAAGCUCAUCUAGAUAAUGGGAUAAAGAUCAAAUACGAAAAGUGCCUCAUAGCUACAGGCGGAACUCCAGCUCAGUUGCCCUCAACGAUUGACGUUGCGCCAGACGCGAGGAAAUCUACUUCGUAUUUCAGAAAUAUAAACGAUUUCCGCAAACUCCUUAAAACUUUAAAACCCGACGCCUUGGAUAAAUUGAAUCUCAAAUCGGUAACCGUGCUAGGAGGAGGAUUUUUGGGUAGCGAGCUGGCUAGUAGUAUAGCGCACAAAUCCACGGGAAAAAUAUCGGUAAACCAAAUUAUAUCGAGCGAUGGAAUAUUGGCAAAAAUCUUACCCAAGUAUUUGUCCGAAUGGGCUACCUCCAUUUUACAACAUAGUGGAAUCAAUAUUAUUCGAAAUUCUACGAUCACAAGUGUAAAAACAAACGAAAAGCGUGAGUUGAUAUUACAUCUAUCCAACGGAACGAAAUUAACUACCGACCAUCUCAUAGUGGCUAUUGGAAUUAAUCCCAACAUCGGCUUCAUACAAGAAAAUCAAAAGCGAGCUGAUCUAAAAAGUUGUCUUGUCGUUGAUAAAACACUAAAAUAUAAGGAUAACAUAUGGGCUGCUGGAGAUGUGAUGGCCGUUCAAAUUUCUGAUCAAAAAUUGGCUAGAAGUGAGCAUUACGAUAACGCGAUAAACUCAGGUCAAUUAGCCGGUUUUAAUAUGACUGGAUCGAAGAAGGAAUUCAAUCAUUUACUUCACACAUUUUGGUCUGACUUAGGAUCCGACUUAGGGAUAGAGGGAGUUGGAACGAUAGAUUCAUCAUUGAACACCUUUUCAUUUUAUGCCCAUGAAGACCCCGUUAAAAAUGUAGACGAUUCGGCUGUUGCUCAAAAUUUAAAAACGACGGCUCAUAUUACUCAACCAUCGAAUAAAUUCAAAAAGGGCGUAUUAUUUUAUAUUAAGGACGAUAUUAUAGUCGGUGUUUUAACGAUAAACCUGUUCGGACAAAUGGAUGUAGCUAAAAAGUUAAUAAUGUUACAAACGAAAAGUCCUGAUUUGGACAAAUUGGCAAAACUAUUUGAUAUACACACACAUGAAGCAGAACAUCAAGAAUAAACUUAUUUAAGUAAAUCUAAGUCAUUAAUGAUCAAUUGAUUUGUUCAUUAUUAAAUUCUCGAAAUUUUAAAUUU